ACGGCCCAAGCCUAAAAGUGAAGUCUUGCGGUCCUGCACGCCGCUUUCUGAGAAGGGCAGGGGCUGAGAAUUAAAAAGAAUUGAGAAAAAAGCAUCUAAGGCUAGGAACGAAGAAGAGGAGGUGGAGGAAGAGAGUCAUGGCGGAGACAGGGGACGAAAAUGCAGGGGAGUUUUACUUGAGGUACUAUGUCGGCCACAAGGGUAAAUUCGGGCAUGAGUUCUUGGAGUUCGAGUUUAGGCCCGACGGCAAGCUGCGGUAUGCUAAUAAUUCCAACUAUAAGAACGACACCAUGAUCCGUAAAGAGGUCUUCGUCACCCCCGCCGUUCUAAAAGAAUGCCGUCGCAUCGUCGUUGAAAGCGAGAUAAUGAAGGAAGAUGACAACAAUUGGCCAGAACCAGAUCGCGUUGGAAGGCAAGAGCUGGAGAUUGUAAUGGGGAACGAGCACAUAUCUUUUACCACUGCUAAGAUUGGUUCUCUCGUGGAUGUCAAUACCAGUAAAGAUCCUGAAGGUCUUCGAAUCUUCUAUUAUCUUGUUCAGGAUUUGAAGUGUUUCGUGUUUUCUCUUAUCUCACUCCACUUCAAGAUCAAACCCAUUUGAGUGUCAGCCAUAUCACCCCCUGGAACAGAAGGAAAGCCAUGUGUUUUGAAGUUGCUUGGUCUGUUGUCCUUUGCCUUGAUAAGUUCGUUAUAUAUUUAAACUUAUAAAUAGCGUUGAUUUGGGUGAUUGUUCAAGUAGAUGAAGUUUGUGAUAUGCUAGUUGUGUAAUUGAAUAUCUAUUCCUUUUGCUCUUGAUAAGCCCUCUUUUCCGCAUUAAUCAGUGGAUCUUCAGGCUUGAGCCUAGGUUGACUCGCAUCUGAUCAGCUCCUCCUUCCUGUUUCUAAUUUAAGACGUGAUUAUUGCAUCUCGGAGGUGGUGUAGGUAUUGUGUUAGUUUUAAAGGGUGAAUUGUGUAACGCAAAACAAAUCUAGUGAUGAGAUAUUUGUCUUUUCUUAUUUCCGGUCAGCAUGUUCUGUCGGUC